CUGGGAGACCGUUUUGCCGAACACCGGUGCUCAGUCCUCCAGCAGUGGCGGGAUCUCCCUGUGGCCACACACUUCAAUUCCACAGACCACUCCCACUCUGACAUGUCUGUCCAUGGCCUCCUCUACUGUCAAGAUGAGGCUGCGCGCAGGUCGAUGGAGUCCCGCCUGGGUAGCCUCCUACCUGCUGUCAUGAACAUCCAACUCUCAGACCAUUGAUAUCCCUACCCCCAUCCCUAUCUAAUAUUUCAGUCUGAUUCUCUUUCUCUUUUGUCCCCCCUCACUAUAAUCUCCCCCCAGCCCUACCUUUCUUUUUCUUAUAUUUCCCAUAAUUCUCCACCUUCCCCCAGCCCAUUUCCCUCCAGCCUAUCACUUCCCAGCUCUCUACUUCAUCCCUCCCCCCACUUCUUAUUCCCCCCUUUACCACCCCAUGUUACUUCACUCCCGAUGAAGGGUUUUGGCCCAAAACAUCGUCACUACCUCCUCCCAUAGAUGCUGUCUGGCCUGCUGAGUUCUGCCAGCAGUUUGUGUUUUUAAGCAUUAUUGAGGGUCAGGCAAGAUAUGACCUCUGCCAGCCACAAGCUACAAAGUGCCACAAAAUAAGCAUGAAUACAUAAUUUAUUCCCUUCACAUUGACCACGGCCCACUGAUGUUACUAGUUAUAAUAAACACGCAGCACAGAAUGCACGGGUCCUGCAUUACUCCCCAUGACAGCAUGUUUUGUCCUAUCCUCUCUGGAUACAUAAUGAUAUCAAACACCUUUCUUCUGGGGAGCAGGUGACCUGUAGUUUACACAUCACUAAAGUGUCUCACUCCAAAUAGAAAUGAUGCUGCCCUCCUCCCCUCCAUGUUCAUUGGAAUUACCAUCGCUGAGUUCGCCAUUGUCAGUCACCUUGGGCCUUGUGGUGGGGGGAGUUUUUGGGUUGUGGUCAAAGUAAGUAGAAAGUCUCUAGGAUCAGCCAUGUAAUAUCAUGUGCUCUUGUAGUGCUGUGGGACAUAACCAGAUCUUGAAAUAAUACCAAUGGAGAGAGAUAAACUGAGCCACGUCACGGAAUGAAGAUGAGCAGGAAUGGUCCAUUCUGGUACAGACGGAAAAUACAGUCAGAGAACUGAAUGGUCAGUCCGGGUGCCUGAUCUGUGCUCAGUUAGAAGAUCAGGAGUUGUUCCUCCAACUUGAGUUGAACUUCACUGUAACAGGGUGAUGUCAGACUUCAGCAUGAAGACUGAAAUGAUCUCAUCUGAAAUGCUAUCUGUGCCCGUUGAUGUGUCUUGUAAAUCUUUUUACAGGUGAGAAACCGCAAAGAAUUUGUGUGCAGGAAUCUCAAGCACAACAACACGAGAUGAAGUAUCUCAUCCCAGCUGGAAACGUUCUUUGCAUCUGAAAUAGGCGGAGUCCAGGCGGAGUGACAUAGCCUCAAAAUAGAACAGAGAUGAGGAGGCAAACACGAGGAGAUCUGCAGAUGCUGGAAAUUCAAGCAACAUACACAAAAUGCUGGUGGAACACAGCAGGCCAGGCAGCAUCUAUAGGAAGAAGUACAGUCGAUGUUUCGAGCUGAGACCCUUCGUCAGGACUAACUGAAAGAACAGAUAUUAAGAGGCCUGAAGAAGGACACAGCCUGAAAUGUUGACUUUAAAUAAAGAGUCCAUAGUAGCUGAGCUCCCCCAGCAUUUACUGCUCUGCAGAAUUCGGCGACCGUGACCCAGCGAUCGAAUGCGCAUGCGUAAUAUCAGAACGGGUCCGAAACUCGCGCAUGCGCUCACAGUACGUCAGGCGUCCAGACGGAUUGCAGCAGGUUAGAAAUGACAAAGAAUCUGUGUACAGGAAUCUCAAACGCAACAGCACAUCAGUUCUAAGGUCUCUGUCUGGAUAUUUAAGGAAUGACCAAAUAUUUCCUUUGUAACACCAAUUUAUCUGUUGGCCCUUGAAGAAAUAUCUCGACCACAGCUGGAAACAGGCUUUGAGUCUGAAAUGAAGUUUUUUUGUUGUAACUCAGUGAAAUCCACUGGAACCCAGGUGCUAACACACCAGCACUGAAGAUCAGUUCUUCAACUGUGUCGACUGUGUGACGGAUUUACUGUGACAUCUGACUUGGUGACUUGCCAGUUAAUUGAUAGAAGGGAGAUAUCAUUCUCCUGUCAGUGUGAUAAGGGAUUCUCUUACUCAACUGACCCACAGAGACACCAGUGAGCUCAAAGGGGGAAGAGGCCAUUCAUCUGCUCCGUCUGGGAUAGGAUCUGCUCAGUCAUCCAGCCUGAAGAUACAUUAGCAAGUUCACAUCACAGUGAGAUGGUUUACCUGUUCUGUUUGUGGAAAGCAAUUCAUUCUGUCAUCCAAGCUGCUGAUACAUCAGAAAAUUUACAGCGGGAGGCCAUUCAGUUGCUCUGUGUGUAGGAAGAGGUUCACUCACUCAGCUGAUCUGCAGAUAUACGAGUCAUUUGACAAGGGAGAGACUGUUCAACAGUUCUGAGUGGGAAGAGAUUCACUCGGUCAUCAGAUCUGUUGACCCAAAGUGAGAUCACACUGGGGAGAGGCAGUUUACCUGUUCGGAAGCUUAGAAGGGAUUGAUGCACCAGUCAGUUCACACUGGGGAGAUGCCAUUUAUCUGCUCAGACUGUGGAAAGGGAUUCACUCAGUCAUCCCACCUUCAGACACAUCAACGAGUUCACACUGGGGAGAAGCCGUUCACCUGCUCAGACUGUGGGAAGGGAUUCACUCGAUUAUCUCACCUACAGGCACACCAGUCUGUUCACACUGGGGAGUGGCCAUUCCUCUGCUUAGAGUGUGGGAAGGGAUUUACUCGAUCGUCUGACCUACUGGCACACCAGUCAGUGCACACUGGGGAGACACCGUUCAGUUGCUCAGAAUGUGGGAAGGGAUUCACUCAGUCAUCUCAACUGAAGGUACAUCAGCGAGUUCACACUGGGGAGAGGCCAUUCAUCUGCUCAGACUGUGGGAAGGGAUUCACUCGAUCAUCUCACCUGCAGGCACACCAGACAAUUCACACUGGGGAGAAGCCGUUUACUUGCUUAGAUUGUGGGAAGGGAUUCACACGAUCAUCUGAUCUUUUGGCACACCAGUCAAUUCACACUGGGGAGGCACCAUUCAGCUGCUCAUACUGUGGAAAGGGAUUCACUCAGUCAUCGCAACUGAAGGUACAUCAGCGAGUUCACACUGGGGAGAGACCAUUCAUCUGCUCAGACUGUGGGAAGGGAUUCACUCGGUCAUUUCACCUUCUAGCACAUCUGCGAGUUCACACUGGGGAAAAACCAUUCACCUGCACAGACUGUGGGAAGGCGUUCACUCAGUCAUCUCAACUGAAGCUACAUCAGCGGGUUCACACUGGGGAGAGACCGUUCACCUGUACAGACUGCGGGAAGGGAUUCACUCAGUCAUCUUCCCUACUGGCACACCAGCGAGUUCACACUGGCGACAGGCCGUUCACCUGCUCAGACUGUGGGAAAGGAUUCACUCGAUCAUCUGACCUACUGACACACCAGUCAGUUCACACUGGAGAGAGGCCAUUCACAUGCUCAGACUGUGGGAAGGGAUUCACUCGAUCAUCUCAUCUACAAGCACACCAGUCAGUUCACAGUGGGGAGACACCGUUCACCUGCUGUUACUGUGGUAAGGGAUUUACUCAGUCAUCUCAACUGAAGCUGCAUCAGAGAGUUCACACUGGGGAGAGGAUAUUCACCUGCUCAGAAUGUGGGAAAGAAUUCACUCGGUCAUCUCACUUACUGGCACACCAGCGAGUUCACACUGGGGAGAAACCAUUCACCUGCUUAGACUGUGGGAAGGGAUUCACUCAGUCAUCUCAACUGAGGGUGCAUCAGCGAGUUCACACCGGGGAGAGGCCAUUCAGCUGCUCAGAUUGUGGGAAGGAAUUCACUCGGUUAUCUCACCUACAGGCACACCAGCGAGUUCACACUGGGGAGAGACCGUUUACCUGCUCAGUCUGUGGGAAGGGAUUUACACAGUCAUCUUCCCUACUGGCACACCAGCGAGUUCACACUGGGGAGAGGCCAUUCAUCUGCUCAGACUGUGGGAAAGCAUUCACUCAGUCAUCGCAACUGAAGGUACAUCAGCGAGUUCACACUGGAGAGAGGCCAUUCAUCUGCUUUGAGUGUGGGAAGCGAUUCACUCAGUCAUCUUCCCUAUUGGCACACCAGCGUGUUCACAUUGGGGAGAAACCGUUCAACUACUGAGAAUGUGGGAAGGAAUUCACUCGCGUCAAUUUAACUGAAACUACAUUAAGUUCACGCUGGGGAGUGGAUGUUCACUGCUUGGCCUGUGAAAAUGGAUUCAGUUGAUCAUCUGACAUAAAGAAGUUCACGCUGUUCUGUGUGGGGGAAGGGAUUCAUUGAAUUAUAUUCCAAACUGGCACACCAGUGUGUUCAGACUAUGGAGAAACCAUUGUGGUAAGGGUUUUUGUUGGUCAUUUCAAUUGAAGGGACGUCAGUGUGUUUGGACUGGAGAGAGGCCCUGAAUGUGGGAAGGGAUUCACUCCCGUUUUCCCACCUUGUGACACACUAUCGGGUUGACACUGGGGAAAGAGUUGAAAUAUGCUGCAUGUUGGAUAUUUGACCAUCAUAGUUACUGAGUUGAGGGGCAAGUUCAAAAGUGACUGUUGGUGUUGAACUCUUCAAUUAUUGCUGCUGCUCAUCACACCCAGUUCUGCUCCCUGGUCACUGGGACUGGGAGGAGUUUCUUCCGCUGCUGUUCACCUUUAAUGGGACUGUAGUUUCAUACUCAGGAUCAGUGACAAAUAAAUCAAGUCUAUUUUAAACUUUAUCUCAGGGACUUAGUGAAACUACAUCACACCCAGUGUACAUAAAGGAGGCAGCUCAGUUGAGCUGCUCCAUGCCUGUAUUUCUGUUCCACGCCAGUCCUCUGAAAUACAUGUUUGCUGUUCACCUUUCACUUUCCCUGUGGUGAUGGGUUCCAAAGAAUAACCGCUGUGGGUGAGGAGGUUUCCCUUGAAUCUCCUGCAUGGCUUUCUUCAGAUUGUGAGCUGAUUGCAGUUGUGUCUGACCUGUUGUUUGUCCCUUAAAUCUCUGGGCUGAGGAAGAAUGACAUUGUUAGUUAACUGGAGAGCUCAGCAUCUGUGGAAAAGAGUAAACAGUUGAUGUUUCGGACACUUGAUGAGUCCUGAUGAAGGGUCUCGGCCUGAAAUGAUGACUGUUUACGCUUUUCCAUAGACACUGCUUGGCCUGCUGAGUUCCUCCAGUUUUUUUGUGUGUGCUGCUUUGGAAUUCCAGAAUCUGCAGAUAUUCUUGUUUCCCGUCCAUUUCAAUGUUAUGGGUCAUUUUCACUUACUCCAAAGGGUUGUGUCUCACACAGUGGAGUUGUUGAAUACACCACCGUAAAGUCUAAAAGCGGAUGUGGAGCAGCAGUCCGUUAACUCUAAAAGCAGAGUUGGAUGUUCAAUGCAACAGGGUCAGAAACUAGACAGGGCAGAGUUUUGGUCUCUGCACAGUGGUAGGGGUAAGAGGAGCAAGGAAACAGCAGGGGUGGGUUGGGAGUUUGAAAUGGAUAGCAGAAUUGCAACAUUUGGAAGCUGCUUAACAGAAAUAGAUAUUUUAUUUAUUUUGCUGAUACACAGAAUGCCUGUUGACAUUGAGUAUAUUGCCUGUGGAAGCUUGCUGUGUUAAGCUGGCAACUGAGUUCCUAUAAGACUAUUGUCUAGAGUGGUGCCAUUUGGUAGAGGGUAGCCAAUAGUUCUAAACACUUUCAAUAGCACUGUUCUUAUCCAGAAACCUCUGAGCUGAAGAAUGUACAAUCACUGCAAAUCAUGCAACUGCAGAGUCCAAAGUUUGCUGAAAGCUGGGUACACGUCGGGUUGACAAAAGGCUUCAGGAAUGGGUGUGCUAUACUUCUCAGGCACAGCAGUGAUCUUACUAGGUAAAGCUAAAGGUUUGAGACUUGGAUGAAAAGUUAUAGUUUAAAGUUUAAGUCAAAGUACAUAGAAUGUCACCAAAUCAACCACAAAAUUAAUUUUCUUGUGGAAAUGCUCAAUAACCAUGAUAGAAUCAAUAUAAGACCCCACUGACAGGUCAUAGAACCAGUGUGCAAGUACAAAAAGCACCACAGAGAUAAACUAAGUCUUUGUGUCACAUUGGGUUCUUUUGCAGGUCACCCUUGUGAGGUCAGUGUUUCUUCUAUUCAAUUUGGGUAUACAAUGAUAAUGAACAACCUGCUCUUGGGUACCAUGUGACCUACAGCAUUCACAUCACAAAAGUUCCACACAUUAACAAUUUCCAACAAGAAAGUCCAAUCAACUAUUCUUGACAACACACACAAAAUGCUGGUGGAA